AACCACUUCACGCAGGUCACUCGGGGCGGUUUGAGCCACCUCAAGCACAGGAGGCACACCGAGGGCUCAGCAGCGAGCAAAACCCCUCAGAGAGCCUCAAACAUCUCCAGGGCUCCGCUCCCUGAGCGUCCACCCGGCGGUGAGAAGCAACGGGUGGCAGUAAGUGCCCUGCCCGCCCCCUCAGGGCGGCCGCCAUUUGCACAGCGCCUCCCCUCAGGGGAGAGCCUUCCCCCGCUGCCAUGCGCGCUGCGCUUGUGCGCAUGCGCAGCGCCGCCCGACCGUUGGGCGCCCGCUCCGGUUCAAACGGCGGCUGAGGGAGCGGGCGGGCCCUGUGGGAGCGGAGCGGAACCGGAGCGGAUCCGGAGGGGAAUCCGGAGCCCUGCGGAAAUGCAGAUGGCUUUUUCUUCGAAGAAACAAUGUGUUGGUAAAACACCAGAUCCAGAGUUCAACAAAGAUCCAAAUUUUAACUUUAGCUCCAAUAUUCCAGUAGAUGGUGUCUUCAAAGCUACAAAUCAAGGGUUUCCUAAAUCUGCCAAGAAAGUGGAACCACUUUUGAAGAAGACUGCUACAAGAGGGCCUCUGAGCAGAUACAAACUAGAAACAGAGCUGAAGACCAAGAAUCAGCUGCUAGAAACAGCCAAGCAGCAGUUACACACCAGACUAACAGGAGCGCAGAGCACUAUAAAGGAAUUAAAGGAGGAGAAUGAAGGCCUGUUGCAAGAAGUCGAGAAGCUCAAGAAAUUUCAGGAGACGUGCAUGGUCAUUUUAGAAAGCAGAAACAUUGAUCCUGUUACAGGUAGCAACAUUGUGGAGGAGGAAGAAAAGACAAAGGAAUGCCAGAAGCAGACAACGCUGUUGACUGAGAAGCUCAUAGCAGAACUGAAGGUAUUUAAUCAAACGGCUGAAAAAGAAAAGGAAGCACUUCAGACAGCAAUGGCUAAGUGGAAACUGGCAGAGGAAGAGAGGCAGCAGUCCCUGGAGAAGCAUUCUUCCUUCCAAGCAGAAAUAAAGGAAUGUUCAGCAAUCCUCGAUGAGUUGGAGCAGCUCCUGGCUAUGUGAGGCACAAGGAUGGACUGCACUGUUUUUUCUUGUUUUACUCCUAGUUCAGCAGUCUCUACUUUCAAACCUGGUCCCUCUAUCAGGUCCAAAACACUGAGCUGGGCAGGCUCCUGAGCAAUCCCUGGUGGAACGGCACCUGUGGUGUGGUAACCAGGUAGCAGCAGCGUUGGUGAAGUGCUCUGAGCUCUUGUUUUUCCCGUGGGGUUCAGCCUGGACUCUUUCUUAGUUAUUUUUUAAGUGUUAAUAAAGUGUUUUCGAUUAAAGCUCUUGGAAAGACG